UGCCGGUGAGGCAGUCUGUCACAAAUAUAUCUACUCGAGAUGUCAAGGCUCGAAGGGUGAAGUUGAAUUAGCAAUAUAUGUCAAAAUUAGGCCAUGUAACAGCUAAAGUUAGCACGGUCCGUCAGUCACACUGCAUGAACUGCGUGUUUUACAGUUUUAGUUCAUUACAGUUCUACAGUUUUUGACAUUGUAAAGUGUGACGGUGUGCAGGUUUCAGCUCCAGAGCGAGUUCGGGGUUACUCAUUACAGCAUUUCCAGGGCUUGUUCUUCUGCCAGUACGGACAAUCUACUUUCCUGAAACUGCCUCUGGGAAGCAGAAAGUGAUCAUUCUGUGAGCUUGUCAUGUUCAUCAGUGGCUGACCCCCUCUACAGUAUGAUGGAUGACAUUGAAACGGAGGCGAUAGCCAUGGCGUCAGGCAGCUCUUCAGUUGGGGAGGCCGUGUCUGGUAGAGGGCAGAGUGCAUCAAAUGAAGAUGAUGACAUCUACUACAUCCCUGAAAGAAGACCUUCUCUGGACCUGGGGCCAAGUCCAAUGGACAUUAGCCACUGGCACUUUGUGGAACAUGCCUCAUCUCCAGCUCUGAGCUACUGGUCAAUGACAAGUGAGGAGAACUUGGAGGAGGACAUGAAGGACGAAGAUGGAUCCUGCACUAGGGUCCAGCUGAACAGAGCAGAUUCUUUUUCCAGCUGCUACUCCUUGGACAGCGAUGACUGUGAAAAGAGAAUCCCUAAGGCAAAAAGCAAUGAUGAGGUCGUCUCAGAGCUUUCUGACACACCUGAGUUAAUCAAAGAUUCAGCUGAGAUUAAGCAUCCCUCUCUGACAGUGGCAUUCACUUUUAAGGCUAUUUCUAAAACCCUUGGGAAGUUGUCCAAGCAGGACAUUAAGACAUUCAAGAUGAUGCUGUGGAAGCGCUACCCACAGUCGUUCAACACUCCUCCCCAAGGCAUGGACAUGGUGGAUCUUGUGGACCGGCUGCUUGAGUGUUACGACCUGGAGGUAUCUUUGCAGAUCACCAAAACCCUCCUUGAGGAAAUUGGGCAAAAGCAGAUGGUCAAUUAUCUCCAGACUUUGUGCCUCAGAAAUGAAGUACGUCACGAUUUAUGUGAGAUUCUGAAGAGGACAUACGGCGACGCAUGUGAUGAUUCAGCCAUGCAAGGAGAGAAGAGGCCCGUUGAUGAUGUCUUCACUGAGCUCUACAUAACUUCAACGUGUGAUAAUGGCCCAAAUAUUGAACAUGAGGUCAUGACAAUAGAAAAGCUGGACAGCAACCGGGAAGCAGGGGAACUGCUCUCUACUACGGAUAUUUUCAGUGUGGAAAAGCUGGAGUGCUCAAACAUAAAGCUUUUGCUGAUCAUUGGAGUCGCAGGCUCAGGGAAGUCUAUGGCGGUCAGAAAAUUAGUCCUCGACUGGAUUGAAGAGCGGUCCCAUCAGCACGUGUCUUUCUUGUUUCCGUUGACGUUCAGAGAACUCAAACAGUUUGAGGGUUCUAAGAUCUCCCUGUUGAACAUCAUACAGACACUCUACCCAGCAACAAAAAAACUGAGGGAUGAGGAUUACCAAAGCCAAGACUGCAAAAUAAUGUUUAUCUUUGACGGCCUUGAUGAGUACAGUGGGAAGCUUGACUUUCAUAACACUGAGCUUCUUAGUGACCACACUGAUACUGGCACCCUGAACACCAUCGUGGUCAAUCUCCUCAGAGGAAGGCUGCUCUACCGCGGCCUAUUCGUGGUCACUUCUCGUCCGCAAGUAAAGCGUUACGUUCCUUGGGAUACGCCGUACAAAGAGAUAGAUGUGUGUGGUUUCCGUGACCCUGAAAAGGAUGAGUACUUCAAGAAGAGAUUUCGGGACUCAGAUCUAGCAGCUCGAGUUAUUGCGCAUAUCAACUCUUUCAAAACCCUCCGCAUCAUGUGCCACCUACCCUUGUUUUGCUCACUGGUGGCUAAUGAGUACGAGCGCAUUUUUAAAGAGCAUGGGACGCGGGCAAAGCUGCCCAGGAGCAUCACCUACCUGUACACUAAGCUGCUGCUUGCACUCUUGUGUCGGCUUCGCAAAUUCAGAGCUCCAGAUCGUAGCAUAGAUAAAGAGAGAGACUUCCUCAUGAAACUCGGAAAGCUGGCUUUCAACAUGCUUGAACAAGGCCAGUUCAAGAUUACCAGGUACGACUGGAAAGAGGUUGGAAUCAACGACGUAGAGGCAGUGAUUAACAGUGGCCUGUGCACACAGUACAUCACAAAGCCAUUUGUCUUGCAUCAAGAGAAAGUUCUCAGCUUUAUCCACCCCACCAUGCAGGAGUACCUGGCUGCCCUUUAUGCAUUUCUCUCCUUUAGCAAUCAGGGGAAGAACAUUUUUGACCACCAAAGGAAACACAGGUUAAUCGGGAUGUUGAAGGGGCACAAGGUGAUGGAGCUGUACAGGAGCGCUGUGGAAAGAAGCCUGCUGUGUGACGACGGCAAACUGGACAUUUUCCUGCGUUUCCUAUUUGGAAUGGCAGUUAAGACCAAUCUAGAACUUCUCCAACCAUUCUGCAACUCUUCUGCAAAGUGGCCAACAUUCACUGAAGAUGCUGCUGCACUCAUCAGGAGGAAGAUCACAGAAAAUCAGUAUCCUGGCAGAAAUGGCAACUUGCAACGUUGCCUGGAAGAGCUGGGUGUGUGCGAUGCAGAGGCGGCCCCCAGUUCAUCAGACUCUUUUCAACGCUGAGCAAAAUCUUUUUGACACUAAACAACCAUCAAGGAUUCCAUUGAGGAGGAGGAGGAGGAGGACUUGUUUAAGACAUGUGUCUGCCCUGAUGAACAAACAUGUUUUCUGUUUGUAGAACGUAUGCACCAAUGAAAACUUAGAGCCAAACAUAAUCUACUCUGAAAUUACACUGAAACCAAAGAAUACAGAUGUGGAAAUAGAGUCUUUUAGGGGAAUGGGGAUUGUGUGUUUCAGUGUGUGUUAAUAUGGAUUUAUUUUUCUGUUUUUAUACAAUUAAUAUGCAAUCAAAGAUUUUUGAUAGACUAUUAAUUGUUGAUUGUAUUGCUAGUUCAUCUUCCAUUUGUGCUUCUUAUGUCUUAGUCUUAAAAUCCCUUCAAAGAAUGUCUGAGCUAUAUUAAUAAGACAGUAAUUCAUAAGCACUAUUGAUCUGAUCUAAAAAAAAAAAAAAACUAUUUUUUUUUCUAACUAUUUUGCACUUUUAAGUUUUAUCUAUUAUUAUUGCUUGUUGGCUGUUUACAUUCAUGUUUUGGUGUGCAGUGCAUUAAUCAGACUGAAGAGCUGCAGUUCUGUUAAUAUUUAUCCUGCAAAGUAUUUGGUGAAAAGUCACCUGUUUGAAAUAAAUGAAACAAUUCAACUCUAAGGAAAUCACAA